AUGGCCCUUCUUCAACCUCAAGAGCUUCGUGUAGCAGAUGAAGCGGAGCAGAUCAAGACCUUAGACCUUUUGUUCGAACCAAGUCUAGCAAUUCACUCGACUCUUAUUCCUAUCGUACGAGACUCUGAGUAUGCAUCUUACUCGGAGUUAAUUGAGGCCUGCAAGAACCGCCUCUUCUCACUCGCAUCUUCCAGCUCUUCAAGCAGUCCUGACAAAACCCUUCUCUCUAUCCUCGGAUCCCACCCCAGGCUAGGAGCCAAAAAGGUCGAAUCUGCACAGUCGGUUGCAGAACAGGCCAAUUUGCAAGGUCAGGGCGAGGAAUUGGCCAAGUUGAACAACGAAUAUGAGGACAGGUUCCCUGGACUGAGAUACGUCGUCUUUGUGAAUGGGCGGGGAAGACCUGAGAUCAUGGAGAACAUAAGAAGUAGGAUUUCAAGGGGCGAUUUUCCUAAAGAGGUCGAUGAAGCGCUCCAGGCAAUGUGUGACAUCGCGAAUGACAGAGCCUCUAAGCUAAGCGUAAAGCAAUAA